GUUGCGCGGUACUGGAGAAAUAGCUCAAGCUGUCUUUGCUUUUGUAAUACGUACUCUGUUUCAGCAUAUUCCUGUUUGUACCUGUCUUUUAUCUUACAGAAUCACCAGGCCAGCAACAGGCCUGGCAAGUAGAUAGUUUGUAUGGUCAAGCUAACUGCAGCGCGGUUAGCAUCAACAUGGCACACUGGAGCACCUUCGAAAAGGAGACAGAGAAGGAAACGAAGAGGUUGAUACGAUGUAUCAGUGGGGUGGAGGAUGAGGAGGAACAAAAUUUUCAGCUGGCACUGAAAUUUGCCUGGUCAAAUUUUAGGUUUCAUCGCUACCUGGACGCGGACAGCCAUAAAGUCCAACGCUGUAUAAGAGGAAUCUAUGAAAAGCUCAUGGUACACUCAGACCUGAGUAAAGCAGAAAGCUGGAUGAGGCUGACUGAAGAGUUCCUGGACUCACCUUUACCUAAUACGGAUGGAACAAAGACUGAUGUACAUUACAGCAUCCUGUCACUGCUGCUCUUCUUAUCGGGGUCCCCCUCCAACACAGUUUUUACUGAGAGACCCAGGGUGAAGGAAGCUGAACCAGAGGACAACUUUGACUGGGGUAAAUAUCUGAUGGAUGGUGAGGACAUAGACAUUGGCCCAUACCCAGAUACCCCUGAGUGGUCUGAGGAGGAGAGUGAGGAUGAUGACAGUCAGCAGCCGAUCAGCAGGGAGGACUCUGGGAUCCAAUUGGACAGGACACCCCAGGAGGACCAUGACAACACCAAUAAGACAGUUCCAGUGACAUGGACAGGUGCGAACUUGGGGGAACCCGAGGCUCGGGCCUGGCUUGAACAUCAUGUAGUGACACCUUACUGGGUUGCACAUGCUCCUCGUUUUCCUCACAGCUUGCAUUUACACUCCAACUUACUCAAUGUAUGGGAUCAGCACUUGUACAACACCGAUCCACUGUAUCUGCCAGAAGAAAAGGCCUUUGUCACAGAGACCCAAGUAAUACGGGAGACACUCUGGCUUCUGUCUGGAGUGAAGAAACACUUUAUAUUCCAACUUCAUGAUGGGAAAGUCUCAGUAAGGAAUAAUGUAGUGGUAACUCAUCUGACUAGUAACUGUCUGCGCUCUGUGCUGGAGCAUAUCGCUGUGUAUGGGCAGGCAGUGUUCAGGCUCCAGAGGUUCAUAGACGAGGUGACAGGGUACAGCUCGGAGCCUUGCCCACCAGGCUCCGGUUCCUGCUACAGCUCCAGGAAGGGCUCAGAGCCCCCCUUCAGGACCUAUCAGGCUUUUGUGUGGGCACUCAACAAGUACUUCACUAGCUUCAAAGAGGAGCUGACCACAAUUGAAAGAGAGCUCAUAUGCAAUGAUGAGACAAUGACCCUGUCUGCAGUUCUGGAGCGGCUCAGCAGUCACCUGGCACAGAUCAAAGUACUGCACAGAGUCUUCUCUACCGGGGUUGCUGAAGUCCCCCCUGAGACUCCAAAUGUUGUGCAGGCCUCACACUUACUCAACACCCUGUACAAAGCUAUCAUUGAGUAUGAUGGUGUCGGGGAAGCUUCAGAGCAAGUUGUGGCUCUGUUAUUUUCUCUGUGGACAGAGACAGUUAGGCCAUAUUUGGAGAUUGUGGAUGAAUGGAUUGUUCAUGGCCACCUGUUUGACCCUGCCAAAGAGUUCAUCAUUCAGAGGAACAAGGAUGUCCCAGUGAACCACAGGGAUUUCUGGUACGCCACCUACACUCUCUACAGUGUGUCAGAGAUGGUGGAGAAUGAGGAGAAGCAGAAUGAUUCAGCCAGCGGGAGCUCUGGAGGGGAUCAGGGUUCCAGCAACAGGCAGCUCACCAUGGUGUCCUUUCUCAAACCGGUCCUCAAGCAGAUUAUCAUGGCUGGGAAGUCCAUGCAGCUGCUCAAAAAUCUGGACUGCAAGGAGGCUGAGGAUUCCAAGAGAUCCCCUCGAGAUGCAGAAAGGAAGAGUUUGCACACACUGUUUCUGGAGUCAGUCCAGUCACGCCUCUGCAGCCAAGAGGAAUUUCCAGCAGACAUCGUGGCUGAGCAGCAGGCCACUAAGAGAAGUCUUGUAAAGAUGCAGUCCAUCGUGGCACAACAUCUGGAGAUCAAAGAUGUUCAUGAUCCAUUGCUGGCCAUCAACUUUGCCAGGCUCUUCUUGGAGCAGAGUGACUUCCAUGAGCGCUUCUCUGGAGGGGAUUUCAUCGUGGAUCGCUCCUCUCAGUCUGUCACCUGCCAGACAUUUGAGCUCACCCUGCGUUCCUGCCUCUACCCCCACAUUGAGAGGAGGUACAUUGAGUGCUGUGGGAACCUGAUGAAGACCCUGAAAAAAGACUACAAACUGCUGGAAUACCUCCAAGCCAUGAGGAACUACUUCCUGCUGGAAGCUGGAGACACCAUGUAUGAUUUUUACACAGCUAUCUUUGACAAGGUGCAGAAGAAGGAGAGCUGGCAGCAGUUGUCUUUUCUUAACAUGCAGCUGCAGGAGGCAGUGAGACAGCGCUACCCAGAGGACAGUAGCAGGCUUUCAAUCUUCUUGGAGACCAUUGAUGCCUCUAGAAAAAAGCACCCUGUGAAUAAUCUAGAAGUGCUUACUCUCAGUUACAAGGUCCCCUGGCCUGUAGAUAUUGUGAUCAGCUCAGAGUGUCAGAAGAUCUACAAUCAAGUGUUUCUCCUCCUGUUACAGAUUAAAUGGGCCAAAUACAGUUUAGACACACUUCGAUUCAGUGAUUUUACAGAGAUCACUAAGAAACUGGAGGGAGCUCUCACAGAGGAAGUAAAGGUCAAAGAGCCUGUAAAUCAGCAGAUUCACCGAAUGUGUCUACUGCGUGUCAAACUGAUGCACUUUGUCAACAGCCUUCACAACUACAUCAUGACCAGGAUUCUGCACAGCACAGGGCUAGAGUUUCAGCACCAGGUACAAGAAGCUAAGGACCUGGACCAGCUGAUUAAGAUCCAUUACAAAUAUUUGGCAACUAUCCAUGACCGUUGCCUGCUGAGGGAGAAGGUCAGUUUUGUGAAGGAGGCAAUAAUGAAGGUUCUCAAUCUAGUCCUCAUUUUCUCUGACCGAUGGCAAGCUGGUUUUGGAGCCUGGAAGAUUGAGUCCAUUGAUAAAAUGGAGUCAGAUUUCAAAAACUGUCACAUGUUCCUCGUGACAAUACUCAAUAAGGCUGUAUGUCGUGGCUCGUUUCCUCACUUGGAAUCCCUCGCCCUCUCUCUGAUGGCAGGGUUUGAGCAGUGCUGAGGAACCACCCAUGUUUCAGUGUUUUGGCACUAUAGAUUACACUCCACUGUUUGGUUCUCUGUCUCAUCACUGUUCAGUCUCUGACUGCUGUCAUUGUUCAUGAUGAUGUGCCAUGUACAAUGUCACUGUCCGCUCUGACUGUUAGAGAUAGUCUAGAACUACGUGGUAUGUAUUGUUUUAGGGCCAUAGUCAAAACAAGCUACUUGUGGCCAUACAUCAGCUUCUAUAUAUAAAAAAAACUUUUUGUAAAAGUGUUUUAUGAACUGUUAAAGACAACUGUAUAUAUGAAGCACAAUAAAUCUUGCACAACGAUGUAGGUAUAUGUUAUUCAACGUAAUGGAACAUUGCUGUAUAAUAGUUAUUUAAAAAUUGUAUUGACAGUGUAAUCAAGUAAUACAAAUUGACACAAUAUGAAAUAACCACAGAUUGUCUCACUAGUCUUAUAUUUUUAGAUGCAACUCUGAAAUUUAUCUCUUGGUUAAAAAUGAUCAUAUCAGGACAUUUUGCCUAUACAAGAGCAUUUGUAAAUAAAGAAUUGAAACAACAUUGUUGUGUUUGUUAAAAGGCAUAGGAAUACUAUAAUAUGUGUUCAGGUUUGGGGUUAAUGCUAUUCAAUGCUGACGAGCCAUUU